GUAACAGUAUGAGAGCAAGCUACAGCGUGGCUGUCGUGUUGCAUGCUGGGAAAUGAGUACGUUUCAAAUUGAGAGUUUUGAUUGUUUUAUUCAUAUUUUUUUUUAGAUUUAAUAAAAUAAAAAACAACAACAACAAACCUCUACAUUAUUCUGGAUGUUUUUCCCCCAAAUCACUACAAGUCUCAUCGCUGCAAGUGAUAAAAACUACAUUUCCCAGCACUUCUCGGUUCUCGCAGCGCUUCCUGUAUUUACGUUCUCUGUCAGAUUCAAGAGAAACACAAUGCAGCUGAAAUCACGUUAAACAAUACAAUGAAUUUAAUUAUUAUAACCUUGAGCAUUUAAAGUGUCGCUACAGCAUGUUCCUGCGAUUCCCCGAAGAAUAUCGCUAUGGAUAAUCGUUGUUACUGCUGUGCAUCAAAGUUCACUCUCUUCAGAAAAGAGUUGGGUUGUAAAAACUGUGGCCAUUCUUUCUGCUCUGGGUGUCUGACCUUCAAUGUUGUUGUGCCAAAAUAUGGAAACAGCCAGCAGAAAGUCUGCAAACAGUGUUAUGGAAACUUAACAAGUCCAGGCAACCAGAAUGAUGCUGGCAAAUGGUCCCCACCUGAAAACUACAAGAAGCGAGUUGCUGCUCUCGAAGCCAAACAAGCUCAGCAGAAUGAGCCGUCCCGACCCGGAGGGGGAAAGAACAACGCUGUGAGUCGGGUUUCAACCCGAGGACUCAGUAAAGAGGACCAGGUCAUCGCAGAACGACUGAACAAGCUGAAAGAGGAAACCAAGCCCAAGUCCAUCCCAUCAGAGCAGGAGCUGGAGGCUCGUCUCGCUGCCCUAAAAGCUCCGGUUCAGCCCGUGCCUUCAGAUAAAGACAUGGAGGAGCGUCUGGCUGCUUUACAAGGAAGACCUGCGCCCUCGCAAGCCCCCCAGCCUGUUCAUCAGCCGCCCGACAGGAGGUCUCAGACAGAACAGACUAAUGAUUUGAUCGCCCAAAUGACGGAGGAAGUUGCUAUUGAUGACCAGUAUCCAUCGUCAGAGGACGAACCAUUAAACGAUCUUAAUAAACAAGAGGGAGGGGGGGUGAAUGAGAACGUGGAUGAUGGCGAGCUGUCAGUCAAUCAGAUGGAGGCGGAGCAAAGCCGCGUGAUGGAGGAGGCCAUGCAGGAGCUGAAGAAAGACAAGCACAACGAGGAGCAGAUGCGAGAGAUGGCCAUGAGACUCGCCGUUCUGCAGGGACACGAUCCGGAACAAGGUGCUUCACGCCUGAAGCAACAACAUCAAAACAAAAAUGCAUUCAGACUGUCCGAUUUCCAGCAGCCUGACAGUGAUGAAGAGACCGAAGAAGAGGCCAUCACCAGAGUGAUGAAGAAGCUAUCAGAAGAGGCGGCUCUAGACGAGGCCAGCGGAUACAACAUCCCACCAGAGCUCAGCGGCCCAAUGAACCGAGAGAAGGACCCGUCCAGCAGGAGACCGGUCUCAGGCCAGCGUCUGCCAGCGUCUGCCUCUCGGAUCCAGCGCUGUAAUGAUGAAGACAGUGAUGAGGAUGAUGAGGAAGAGCUGCCGUGGUGCUGCAUCUGUAACCGCGACGCCAGUAUCCGCUGCCACACGUGUGAUCGAGAUCUGUUCUGCGCUCGCUGCUUCAGGGAAGGUCACGACAAAUAUGACAGGAAACAGCAUCGCACCGCCACAUAUACGGCCCCUAAGAAAGCCAAGAAGAAGACAUGAACCGUCCUUGCGCAGAACUGUGAAUAUAUAUAUAUAUAUAUAAACACACAUAACUCUACAUGCUUCCGAACUAGACCUCUCCGAUAGCCAGCAGAAAUAUUCAUGUUGCUUAUAAUAACACAAAGCAGCCUUAGACUCAAGAUUGUUCAAAGUCUCUCGCCGUCUGUAAAUGGAAAACUGGAUCAUUCAGACUUAAACCUUCAAUAAAAGCCUUGAACCCUGACGGCAGGUCAUGUGAUCUAGUCAUGUGGUUUAUCAUUUAACCUGCAUCUUCUGAAUGCUAGCUUUUCAUUUACACACAUAACCAGUAAUGCCUCAUUUGAGCUGUAGUUUUGCAUGAAUACGUGGUGUUUGUGUGUGUGUGGCACGUGUAGAAAUGAUCGUUUCUCUUGUCUGUACUCGUCUAUUAUUCCCUUUUAUACAGUCUUUAGUUGUUUCAGGCUCUACUAGAACAGGUUUUCCUGCUUGAAUGUUGAUUGCGGCUCCUCUCUUCCCAGUCUGUCAGUAACGCUCUGUUCACUUCCUGUCUCUAUGAAGCCCCUCCUUCUGAAAAGCACACUGUGCUCUGAUUGGUCGGCUGGAGCAGUGUGUCGUGAUUGGUCGAGCGCUUCGAGUGUGUUUGGGAAAUGCCCCGCCCCUUUCCAUAACUGUCAGUUUAACACACCACUAACUAACUCAACCAGGCCCCGCCCCUUUAUUCUGCGCAUUAAUUAUUAUAAUGAGGAAUAUUGUGUUCAAUCCCCACUGAUAUAGAGGAGAAUUGCAGUGUUUUCAACAUUACACACACACACACACACACGAGUGUGUGAAAUAUCAUAGUAGAUCCUCUUGAAUAUUUUGCGUAGACUUCAUCUGUUGUUUUCUUUCAUUGUGUCUCUGUUUGCUGGCAUUUCCAUGUUGUCAUGAAUAAUUAAACGGACAGUAUUGAGAGCAAGCUGAGAGCUUUUCACACACACACACACACACACACACGCUUAUGACAGGAAGUGAGUCCAUUAGUGUUGGAUAGUGGGGUUCUCCGGGGACGUUUCAGACCAUGUGACUUCACUGCGCUGGUGUGUGUGUGUUAUUAUUGGCUGUUUUGUGCUUUAGAUUUUUCUCAGAUUCAUUGAGCUCGAGCUCUGGCACAGAAAACUGAAUAAACCAAGAAAUCAACUGAUAAA